GAGAUUUUGUCAAAUAUGUUCUACUAUAUAUAAGAUUUAUAUAAAGAAGGCUGUGGAGUGUGGAGUAUAAAUGUUUUCGGCCAUGUUAUCUAGUAUCAUUCUUAAAUGACAGGUAAGCCUGAAAUACAUGUAACAAGUUAGGGAAAGCAAAGCUUCAGUUACACUCGGUCGGAGCAGCAGAAGCAAAGCGAGAGAAGGCAGGCUUUCAUGAAUGAAGAGAAAUUGAUGAGCUUUGAUCAAGAUUGAGCAAGAGAAGAACAGAGUCAGAAGAAACUUUUUUUUCGUUUAAAAAAAACAUUUCAAAGACUUUUCUAUUUCAACAAUCACACAAAAACACUCAAACAUGGAAGAAAAACAGUCUCGGGAAGAGACCCUGAGAAACGGAAACAGUCAAACAACGUCCUCAUUGCUGUCCACAGGAGCGUCCAGCCUUGUCCCCAAUGGUCAAGAACACUCAGAGAUGUCUCCAACAUCCAAGGAGUUCAGGGAAAGCAGCUUCGCAACCCGGAGAAAAUCGUCGCAGUUGCUGUCUCCGCUGCGACUUAAGCAGACCCCCCAGGGUGUAGAUAUGAUUGACGGAGUGCAGAACAGGUCCGAGGUGGAGGAGGAAGGGGUGGAGCUGUUUAGUGUCUUCUUGGGGAACGAGCUCGAAAGGAAUGGUAUCCCGGAGACUCUCAUCAUCGAGAGAGCAGUGACUAGUGCGACCUUAGAAUCCAAGCAAAAGGAGCCAGCAGUCAACGUGUCUGCCUUCCAUUUUGACCAGCGUGUUGAGUCGACAAAGAUGAGCGCUAAUGGCAACCUUACACCAUCAUUAAGGAUGUACAAGAAUCCAAAUUGGGCCAAAAGCGGGAGAGAUCUGAGGCUCCUAGCAGACCAGUUUGCCUCCUCGAGAGAGAGGGCUGGAGUUCGAGAAAAGGCUAGAGAGACAGUAGGUGACAGCGAGAUCUCCGCGGCCAUGUUCUGGGAUCUCCUCUCCGAGCUUUUCUUCCAGGGAACGAUCACCCGCGAGAGGAUCGUCGUCCUCUUCUGCUUCUGCAGCGAUGUCGCUAUCUUUGCCCUCCAGAGGAAUAGCAUUGACUACUUCCAUCGCUUCAUGGUGUGGGCCCUCCAGUACAUCCGAAGCAAAGUCUGCUCAUGGGUUGCUGAUAAUGGAGGAUGGGAGGCAGUUUUGUACCUCUCAGUCAAUUAUAUCACUCCUUUGGGGAAGAUUGCCAUUGCAUGUGCCCUUGCUUUUGCUGUCUACAAGCUCGGUAAGUUCACAGUCACCAGCAUCACCAAGCGAUAGCAGGGUCUCCAAGACACCAGCUGCUGACGAAGCGAUGGCAAUGGGAGAUCAGCAAGGAUGGACUGCCAGGUGGUUUAACGAUGGAAUUGUUCGCUCUGUCAAGUCCGUGGUCUUUUGAGCAAAUAACUUGAUGUUAAUGGUUGAUCUCAGGUGAAGUCCUAAAUUUAGGAUAUGGCACUUUAUUUUCUGGUCGCGGUCAAAGUUAUUUUGUACAAAGUGGCCUAUUCCAAGAGAUCAAGAUUGACUUGUCUGGCAAAUAUUCAAUCUUUCAGGGAUGCUCACUUUCAGGCAAAAGCCUGAUUCCAGGUCCUGACAAAUUUUUUCUCCCCAUAGUCAAAGCGUUUUCUAAAAAAGUUGGUCUUUCUCUGUGAUAUUCAGAACUUAUGAUCAGUUCCUGCAGGAAGCCAUGGUCUUCAUAGACCAAGACUAUGAUUCUGCAGAGGGUUUCUUAACCCUGAAUCAAAGGCAGCAGAAGAUUGCACAGUAAAACCUCUUUCUGGAGGUUUUUGGAUACCUCUUGACUGAGUAGAUACAUGUAUAUCUGGAUACAAAGCAAAGUAGCUCGGUAUAUCUGCUCUCCUUGAGCAUAUGUACAAAUCUGCAAAUGUACAUUUGUGUGAGGUGUGCCAGUCAUGUAAAAAUGAUAUACAUGUAUUACCAUGUAGUAUGUUAUCAAUUUCAUUUUAUAGCAUGUGCAACAAAAUUCAAAUGCACCUGUACAUUUAUUUUGCAUACUGAUUUUGACACCUUAUAAUGAUUUUAAUAUGGUGACAAUCAUUACUGGGCAAUCAUUGAUCAUUGGCAUAUGGAAAAAGAAAACAUUACCAGAAGACAUGUCGAUAAUCUAGAUUUAUAUCACACCCAUAACUAUUCUUGAUCUAAUCAAGUAUUUCUGCUACUUCUGUUACAUGCAUUAUCUCUGUUAAUAUUUUAUGUCUAUGGGGUGUAUAUUGUUUGUGUUUGAAUGGCAAUGCAUGAUCAACCACAUUUUUCUGGGCUAUUGCAAGUUUGUAUAUAUUAUUGUUCAAAAAUUGGGAUGAUAUGACCAUGGAAUUGCUUCAACCAUCGUUUGUAAUUUGACCAUUGUUAACGCUGUUUUUUGUGAGAUUUCAAAUUUAGCCCUUCUUGUAUAUUGCUCAACAGAAGAAAAUAAAGCCAAGUGCAAGGUUGAAUGACAAGUUGCAAUUUUUCGUUGAUUUCAUACAUGUAUAUUAUAAUGGCAUGUACAUGCAAGAAUCUCAUAUUGCCUAGGCUAUGAAAUUGAAACUGUUCUUCUCCUGGCAUUGGUAUCAACUGUUAAAGGGCUGUUUGCCAGUGGCAUCACUGAGCAAGCAAAGGUACCUACAGCCAGAUGUUGGUGUCCAUGUGCCAUCCAUAUUGAUGUACUGAGAGACUAUUUCUUACAAAAGAAAAACCAAAGCGCUAUUUUUAUGAUACAGUGUGUGAUUGAAGACAUGGUACUAAUUCACAUUUAUUUUUAGCAAGAUAUAUCAGUAUAACAUAGGAAUCUAUACAUUACAUUCUCAGAUGUGAAAUGAUCUCAUAAUCAGAUGAAAACUAAAUUAUGUGAGUGGGGUCAUUUACACUUUUCUUUUCCAUGGUACAUGUAUACUCUCUGUAUUAGAAAUGCAACUUCCUAAUGCACAAAGUGCUAUGAUGGAAAAUCUGCUAUAAUCCUAAUCCCUAUCUUCAUCCUAUCUUAAUCUGAGCCAAAAUCCUAUUGCAACAUUUUCUGAAAGUGCAAGUAUCGAGUCACUAUCUUUAACUGUGGCCUACCAACCCCAAGGGCAUAGGCUAGGGGUGCACUGGGAUGACUGGGUGCAUGUGCACCCUCCCGCUGAGAUAGAGGAGUUCCGACACUGGCAAGCAAAAUGAAAUUUUUACCCCUUCUUCUGCUUUCAACAGCUGAUUUUCCAAACUUUAGUUCCACCUCCCAAGACUCCCCCCCCCCCCCAUACCACUUUUAUAGUUCCACCUCCCUUUUUCAAACCAGCCUAAACCCUUGCAACCCCAGAUGGUUCUUGGGCAAAAUUUGCCUAAUGGUAAUCUAAGAAAUCAGUAGUCUAUGGGUUAACCCUGCAAAAUAGACUUUCUUCAGCAUUGAUAUGCAAUAUAAUAACCAGGUAAAGAGUGGUGCUACUAUCUUUUUGUAUAAGUUUUGGUGUGUUACCUGUGCUAUGUACCAUAAUGCAGUAGUAUGGAUUGAUGAAAAGAGGGUAUAUACUGUGAUUGAUGGCUUUGUUUGAGGCUGUAGUACUAUACAGAAAAGAAAUUGCUUUAUUAAAUGUGAAAUUAUGACAGAGGGUAUAUAUGUCAUAAAUAUAUAUGUAUAGCGAGAGAGAGAGGGUGAAGUUGUGCAUUUGUGUGAAGAUUUAUUACAGAAAUGAGAAAUGAGUCUUUGAGAGGUAUGUUGUAGUAUUAAAAAGGCUUAAAUGUUUAAGUCUAUAUUUAAAUAAUUUGACAUGUGUUGAAACUGUCACUCCAAGAAAAUAUAAAGAUGUUGUGUGAUUUAACACUUGGUUUCAAAUUCAGUUGCGUGCCCAAGAAUGUAGUAACAUGCAGGUAACUUUGCCUAUUAAAGUCAGAUCUUUUUGGGAGACAAAAUUAUAAUAGAUUUAAAAAGAAAUUUGAUCAGAGGUAUUAAACACAUGCCUUGCAUGAUCUGGUCUAAGAAAUUGCUUUAAACUUUUUGACUUAUAAUAAAUGGAAGUCUAAUUUGUCAUGACUUUUUUUUAACCUGUAUUAUUUGUUAAUUAAUUUAUUUAUUAUUCAUAUAUUUAUAUGUAUAUUUGUUUGUUUAUAUUCAUUUUAUUCUCCUCUGACACUGAAGAGCAAUGACCGUUAUGGAAUAUUUGAGAGAUAGUACGUGUAAAAACUGGUUCCAUGACAUUUGCUUGUGAUGAAAAAUCUGCAAUAGACUGAAAUUCAACCUUAGCUUUAUCCUAAUCUUCAUGUUCUGAACCGCUUUAUUCCUCUGAGUGGUUCGACUGAAACGAAUAAAGCAUUUCAGAAAGCAAGUUGUAGUUUUUAAUGUUGUGUGGUCUCAGUGUGCAGUAGAAUGCUAUGACUGAAGAACUAGUCUCCAUGAGCAAAAAUAUGUAUGUUCUGAUUGUAGAAUUAAAGUGAGAACUCGUGAUAAUAAAAACAAUUAACUCGGGUAGUCAAUCUCCUGGGUCUGGGAUAAUAAUGGAAUAUUUUAUGAAGCAGUUGAUCAGCAAUUUUAAAUUUUGUUAUAAGCUGCUGAAAUGCUUGGAUGUGAUUGGCUCAUAGAUAAUUUGUCAUUGAAAAUCACAGACAAGAUGAUUCAUGGAAAAAUUCUCAGAAUCCUGUUCAACUCCGGGGAAAUUUAGCUUUACAAGAGUAUUUUGAUCUGGUCAGAAAA